ACCUGAGCAGAGCUGGCUCACUCGCUGGCUGUAUAGUGUAAAAUUGAACAAAAAGCGAUCGUAUAUUUGUGAGUAAUAUUGUUGAUAAGUUGCCAUGAAAGUGUGACCAAAAUAAUCGGUCGGUGUUUAGUGUGAUGAAUUAUGCGAGUGUAAGUGGAAAAGUCACGAUGGAGCAGAAAUGAGCUGUCAAAGAAUCAGUAAAUAAAUUAUCUUUAUCAACAAAGCCGUUGAGACCCCGAAUGAUGAUGAACGGAGCAACCCACAUCAGUAGCGAUAAUUUUGUACCAGGGCAUCAGGUGUAAAUUUUAAAUUGAACUGGUUCACCAAAGCAGGCCAGCUGAACAUUGAAGCAGGAACGAGAGUGAAAGAAUCCACUGGACAGGAAGUUGAUAAUUGGUUCAAUUUUAUCGGCAAGAAACCAUAGACACACAAAAUUCUCAACAUAUCAGCCAACCCGCUGCCGUUCUACCGCCAACGGCAAGGAAUGACAAUCGAAAUGGCCGGUCUCACAACAUCGGAGAUCUGCGAAAACACAAAACUAGCCCGCGAGAUGGCCGUCAUGGGGAACUACGACUCGGCCGGUAUCUACUACGAGGGAGUACUGCAGAUGCUGCACAAACUGCUGGUCGGCAUAUCGGAGCCAAUCCGACGUGGAAAGUGGACUCUGAUCCAGCAGGAAAUCAACAAGGAGUACAACCAGAUGAAGCUGAUCCAGAAAACGCUUUCGGAGAUCACGAUGGAUUUGCAGAAUGCACCGCUGCAGGCACGGAUUCGCACGAAACUGCACGAGACGGCGAGUAAGGAUCCGAGCAUUUGGUUACGUUCAGAGCAGGACCUCUACAACCAGCAGCGAGAUCCGGACAUUUUUGAACCGCUACCACCAGAGCAAAACACUGGCGGCGGACGGUCGAUCGCUUCCCGCAAUCAGAACCGUAACAGCACGAUACUGAAUCGCAAAGCGGAAGCCAACAGGAAGAAUGCCGUUACGAAAUCGGCCAAUUCAACGACUAUUGCCGGCAGGAGGACAAUCGGUUCGAACGUAAGGGCAUCUACUGCCAACACCAACGGGAAGACUGGAACACUGCCAAGGAACAAAGGGAAAAAUGCUGGAAACUCGGCCGGUGACGGUGGAGGAGAUGGUGGUAAAGCGGAAAAGGGCGACAAGGAAAAGAACGAUGACGUUGAUGAUCAGGAUAAUCAGGAUCAGGAACCGGAACGUAAGUUCGAACCGGCCAGCCAUGCUGAUGUAGAUCUAGUCGAUAUGCUGGAACGUGACAUUCUGCAAAAGAAUCCAAACAUCCACUGGGAUGAUAUUGCCGAUUUGCAUGAGGCAAAACGGUUGCUGGAAGAAGCCGUUGUCUUACCCAUGUGGAUGCCAGACUAUUUCAAGGGCAUUCGUAGGCCGUGGAAGGGCGUCCUGAUGGUAGGGCCACCUGGAACUGGUAAAACCAUGCUAGCAAAAGCAGUGGCAACAGAAUGUGGCACUACCUUCUUCAACGUUUCGUCGUCUACGUUGACAUCCAAGUACCGCGGUGAAUCGGAAAAGCUCGUACGACUUCUUUUCGAGAUGGCACGCUUCUACGCUCCGAGCACCAUCUUUAUAGAUGAAAUAGACUCUCUCUGUUCCAGGCGCGGAUCAGAAUCGGAACACGAAGCCUCUCGCCGCGUUAAGUCCGAGCUGCUAGUACAAAUGGACGGUGUCAGCAAUGACGAGGCCACCAAGAUUGUCAUGGUCCUGGCGGCCACCAAUUUCCCCUGGGACAUCGACGAAGCGCUUCGACGUCGGUUAGAGAAGCGUAUUUACAUCCCACUGCCGAACAAGGACGGUAGGGAAGCUCUGCUAAAGAUCAAUCUCCGGGAGGUCAAAGUGGAUGAAGUGGUUGAUCUCAAUCUGAUAGCCGCCCGGCUUGACGGUUAUUCCGGAGCGGACAUUACCAACGUUUGUCGUGAUGCCAGCAUGAUGUCGAUGCGAAGGAAAAUUGCCGGCCUCAGACCGGAGCAGAUACGACAGCUGGCCAAGGAGGAACUGGACCUGCCCGUUUCCACGCAGGAUUUUAGCGAAGCGAUUGCGAAGUGCAACAAGAGCGUCUCCCGGGAUGAUCUUAUGAAGUACCAGCAAUGGAUGAAGGAGUUUGGUUCGUCGUGAUCAGUUGGAAGCGAGUGGAAGAGAGGAAACGUGCAAUAUUCGCUAAGGUCCACUUCAUCUCGUUCCCUGCCCUGCCAUCAGUCAACUAGAUUUUUUUUUCGGUUUUAAACGUUCAUUAUAUGCAUUUUUACAUGCUUAUUUUAGGAAGCGUUCGAUUUUAAUCUCAUCUACAGUUUUUUCGUAAUUGUGAAAUUUAUAGAAUUUCCAUUGUAUUAUUUGUUGUUUCGUCAUCGAAUCAUCUGUCGCCCUAUUUUUUCGCUCAACUUAUGCAUGGAGGCGUUCAUUUAUUUUGUACUGAUUUAUUCUAUAUUUUGCUUGAUUUUAUUAGGCGAUGGCUAGCCAAUCAGGCCAAAUCAUAGUCCGUUGCCGCCUAUUAAUUGGAAGGAUAGAUACAUAAGUGAGAAAUAAGCUUUAAUCGUGUAUUUUGGCUGAUACGUCACAAAACUGUUUAGUGUAGGUUCUUAAAAAAAUAAUCGUAUGUCAUAAGAAACCGAU